CACAUGACCAUCUUCACAGGUCCUUCCUCCAAAAUCUCUUCUGUACAUGUACUGCUCACAUGAUUGUGACAUCAUCACAGGUCCUUCACCUCCAGGAUCUAGGAGAUACACAGCAGAUCCUGGUCGGGCAGUCACUAAAGGCCCUGGCAGGACUAUCUCAGCUGAUCCAGUUGUCUCCUCUUCUCCUGAAUGACCCCCAAGGAUGGACAAGGAAAGGAAUGAGAUGACUAAGAGAAUAUUACACUUCACCUUGGAGAUCCUCCACCUGCUGACCGGAGAGGAUUACACCAUAGUGAAGAAGACAUGGGGGGAGUGUGUGGCCCCCAGCAGCCAUCUCCAUGAGUCAGGAGGACGGAGCAGGGGCCGGGGCCCCAUCACGGAGCCUCCACCAUCGUCACUGGUACAUGAGGAGAAGAUCCUAGAACUCACCCACAGGAUCACUGAGCUGCUGACUAGAGAGGUUCCUAUAAGGUGUCAGGAUGUGGCGGUCUAUUUCUCCAUGGAGGAGUGGGAGUAUGUAGAAGGACACAAGGAUCUGUACCAGGACAUAGUCAUGAUGGAGGAUCACCGGCCCCUCACAUCACAAGAUGGAGUCCUUGAUAAAAAUCCACCCGAGAGGUGUCCCCGUCCUCUGUAUUCCCAGGACUGUCCAGAGGGAAAUGUCCCAGAGAACCAUGAGGGUGAAAAUCUGAUCACUAUAAAAGUGAAGGAAGAGGAGACGGAUUUCUGGGCCGAUCAGCAGUAUGGAGUCAUUGAUAGAAAUCCACCCGAGAGGUGUCCCCGCCUUCUGUAUUCCCAGGACUGUCCAGAGGGCAAUGUCCCAGAGAAGCAUCAGGGUAAAAAUCGGAUUGAUGUUAACAUUGAGGUAAAAGAUGAACCAGAAGAGGAGACGGAUUUCUGGGCCAAUCAGCAGUAUGGAGUCAUUGAUAGAAAUCCACCUGAGAGGUGUCCCCGCCCUCUGUAUUCCCAGGACUGUCCAGAGGGAAAUGUCCCAGAGAAGCAUCAGGGUGAAGAUCUGAUGGAUAUUAAGGUUGAGGUUAAAGAUGAAGCAGAAGAGGAGACGGAUUUUGGGGCCGAUCAGCAGUAUGGAGUCAUUGAUAGAAAUCCACCCGAGAGGUGUCCCCGCCCUCUGUAUUCCCAGGACUGUCCAGAGGGAAAUGUCCCAGAGAAGCAUCAGGAUGAUUACCUGACUAUUAUUAAAGAGGAGGAUGAAGCAGAAGAAGAGAGGAUGAGGAGCGAUCACCUGUGUAUGAGGGAAGUGAAGGAGGAAAUUCCAGGAGGUGUUACCCCAGGAAAUCCCAGUAAGAAUUCUGAGGGAAACAUCAUGUUAUCCCUGAAUGAUAGAGGAGAAGAUGGAGAGAUCAUGGAGCGCUCCUCAGGACAAGAUGGAGAGAUCAUGGAGCGCUCCUCAGGAGAAGACCUCCUUACCCCUAAUGUCCAUCCAGAUCCAUCAUAUAAUAAUCCCCCUGAUCAUGAGGAACCGUCUCCUGACCAAUCACACAUUGUUACCACAAGGACAGAUCAGAAAGGGGGGGGAAAGUUUCAACAUGAUGAAUAUGGAAAAAGGUUUACAAAAAAAUCAUAUCUUCUUAAACACAGGGGAAUUCACACAGGAGAGAAGCCAUAUUCAUGUUCAGAAUGUGGGAAAUGUUUAACAACUAAACACGGUCUAAUUUUACAUGAGAGAACUCACACAGGAGAGAAGCCGUAUUCAUGUUCAGAAUGUGGGAAAUGUUUUAUAUCUAAACAUAGUCUAGUUAUACAUAAGAGAACUCACACAGGAGAGAAGCCGUAUUCAUGUUCAGAAUGUGGGAAAUGUUUUAGAGAUAAAUCACAUCUUGUUAGACAUGAGAGAAGUCAUACAGGAGACAAGCCGUAUUCAUGUUCAGUAUGUGGGAAAUGUUUUAGAGAUAAAUCACAUCUUGUUACACAUGAGAGAAGCCACACUGGAGAGAAGCCAUAUCCAUGUUCAGAAUGUGGGAAAUGUUUUACACGUAAGUCAAAUCUUGUUGAACAUGAGAAAACUCAUACAGGAGAGAAGCCAUAUCCAUGUUCAGAAUGUGGGAAAUAUUUUAGAGACAAAUCAUAUCUUGUUAUACAUGAGAGAAUUCACACAGGAGAAAAGGCAUAUACGUGUUCAGAAUGUGGCAAAUCUUUUCCAUGUAAAUCAAAACUUGUUUUACAUGAGAGAAGUCACACAGGAGAGAAGCCAUAUUCAUGUUCAGAAUGUGGCAAAUCUUUUACACGUAAAUCAUAUCUUGUUUUACAUGAGAGAAUUCACACAGAAGCAAAGGCAUAUACGUGUUCAGAAUGUGGGAAAUGUUUUACAUUUAAAUCAAGUCUUACUACACAUGAGAGAAUUCACACCGGAGUGAAGCCAUAUUCCUGUUUAGAAUGUGGGAAAUGUUUCUCGAGUAAAUCGGAUCAUAUUAGACAUGAAAAACGGCACACAGGAGAGUAUUCAUGUUCAGAAUGUGGGAAAUGUUUUUCAAGAAAAUCAGAUCUGGUUUCACAUGAGAGGAUUCACACAGGAGAGAAGCCGUAUUCAUGUUCAGAAUGUGGAAAAUGUUUUGCAGAUAAAUAUACUUGUGUUAGACAUGAGAGAAAUCAUACAAGGUCUCAGUACCCAAAACAGUCAACCAUCAACAAGUCAAAACUGAAAACCAAGGGAAGAGGGGCGGUGGAAGACACAGAGAAUGAAGCGCAGACAUCACAAGAUGGAGUCGUUGAUAGAAAUCCACCCGAGAGGUGUCCCCGCCCUCUGUAUUCCCAGGACUGUCCAGAGGGAAAUGUCCCAGAGAACAAUCAGGCUGAAGAUCUGAUGGAUAUUAAGAUUGAGGUUAAAGAUGAACCAGAAGAGGAGACGGAUCUCUGGGCCGAUCACCCGUGGAGGAGGGAAGUGGAGGAGGAAAUUCCAGGAGGUGUUACCCCAGAACACAACUCAGAAGGAAACGUCAUGUUUUCGCAAAAUUAUAUAUUAGAAGAUGGAAAGAUCAUGGAGCGCUCCUCAGGAGAAGAUGGAGAGAUCAUGGAGCGCUCCUCCGGAGAAGAUGAAGAUAUGAUGGAGCGCUCCUCAGGAGAAGACCUCCUUACCCCUAAUGUCCAUCCAGAUCUAUCCUAUAAUAAUCCACCUGAUCAUGAGGAACCUUCUCCUGACCAACCACACAUUGUUACCACAAGGACAGGGGAUGAAAGGUUCCAUUGUGGUGAAUGUGGAAGAGAUUUUACAACAAGUUCAGCUCUUGUCACACACAGAAGCAUUCACCUAGAAGAGAAACCGUUUUCAUGUUCAGAAUGUGGGAAAUGUUUUAUUACUAAAGUCAAACUAAGAAACCAUGAGCGAUGUCACAAAGAAAAGAAGCCGUACUCGUGUUUAGAAUGUGGGAAACGCUGUAGAAAUAAAUCACAACUUGAUAUUCACGUUCGAAGUCACACAGGAGAGAAGCCAUAUUCAUGUUCAGAAUGCGGGAAAUGUUUUGUUACUACAGUCAAACUAAGGAACCAUCAGAGAAGUCACACAGGGGAAAAGCCGUAUUCGUGUUCAGAAUGCGGGAAAGGUUUUACAGAUAAAUCGAGUCUUGUUAUACACGAGAGAAUUCACACAGGAGAGAAGCCGUAUGCAUGUUCAGGAUGUAAGAAGUGUUUUACGCAUAAAUCACAGCUUGUUAUACACGAGAGAGUACACACAGGGGAGAAGCCGUAUUCGUGCUCAGAAUGUGAGAAAUGUUUCGCAAGUAAACCACAGCUGAUAAAACAUGAAAGGAUUCACACAGGAGAGAAGCCCUAUUUAUGUACAGAAUGUGGGAAAUGUUUUAUAAAUCAAUCAAAUCUUGUCACGCAUCAGAGAAUCCACACGGGAGAAAAGCCGUAUUCCUGUUCUGAAUGCGGGAAAUGCUUUGCCCAGAAAUCCCUUCUUGUCAUACACGAGAGAAAUCACACUGGAGAGAAGCCGUAUUCGUGUUCGGAAUGCGGGAAAUGUUUUGUGAGCAAAUCAGAUCUGCACAUACAUAAGAGAAGUCAUACUGGGGAAAAGCCGUAUUCAUGCUCAGUAUGUGGGAAAUGUUUUGCAAAGAAAUCGCGUCUGGUUAAACAUGAGAGCAGUCACACCGGAGAUGAGGGAUUCAAUAUAGUCGUAAUAUCCUGACCCCACAGGCCGCAGCGAUUACCGUUUUGUUCACCUUGCAAUGAACCUAAAGAAAGACAACACAGUCCAACGAGCGCAGUGUGAACAAUGUCGUGUUUGUCCCUGAUCGAAAUAUAACGUAAUGAAGUCUUCUAUAGAACAGUAUUCGUAUAACUUUGAACAAUCGGUCGAUGCACAUUUGAGGCAGUGCAGUAUAUGUCCACGCAUUUCAAGCCUAAAGUAAUCGCAGCGUCCCGUCCUGUCCCGUCCCACUAACUUCUCCCAUAUCGAUUAUCUUAUAUCAAUAUUUUUAGAGUUUUUUUUCUUUUUAGACAAAUUACACAGGGUAACAUUUAGUAGUCGCAUAACUUUUGCAUCAUUUUCAUCAAUCCUCGGUCGAUGGUCAUGGCCGUAAAUGUUGACACCCCUAAAAUGAAGUAUUUCUCACAGGAAAGGAUUGUAGUAACAUAUCAACUGGCUCCGGAAAGUCUAAC